AUCAAAGGAAAGCGGAAAAUCAAAAUUGAGUUUAAGACCUGGAUAUUGGUCUGAACUUUUUUGGAAGGAUUUAUUAAAUUAUUGGGAAAAGAAUGAGGGGCACUUGCAUAGGUCAUCCGUUGGAUCUACGAACCGCAAGAACGUCGAGCGGUUGCAUAGUGCCGGUGCCCGGUCUUUUAAUAAAGUGAAGGAGGAAAUGAAAAGGAAGGAACGUGGAAAGAAUCCAACUCGCCUUGAAGUAUGGAACCGGACGCAUACAAGGGUUGGAAGUGAUCCCGAGCACCCCGUGUAUACCACGCCUGCUGCAAUGGCCAUAGCGACACGAUAUGCUUCUAUUCUAGAAAGCAGGCCGGUGUCGGUUACACAAACAGGGGAUAGAGACGAGCCCUUGGAAUGGUGGUUGUCAGCAACCGGAGUUCCCGAAGGCAAAAAGCCUAAGAAGGACUACCUUGUUGGAUUCCCCGAGGCUCGUGCUAGUCAACUUAUUCCGACUCUUGCCUCACGUUACAGGGAUUCAACAAGAGGCGAAGCCGGUGGAUCUUCCGGUCAGAGACAAGAAGCCGUCAUUCCCGACAAUGUGUACCUCUCGGUCGUGCGCAAUGUGCUCAAUGAGGUCCGUGCGAACCCCCUUCAAUUUCAGCGACAAAUGUCUGAAGAAGAGAUCGCGAAUUUUGCAAAAACCGCACUAGAGGCCUCCGAUCCAGCUGCCGAUCCAAGUACAAGGGUUCAAUGGAAUUCUAUGAUUGGUGGGGAGAUGGUACACAUUGUGGGGUCGAUGGUCGAGGAUAUACUCCUCAAAAUGGAAAGGAAGGUUGAAGAGGAAAAGGAACGCAGACUCGCAGCGGAGAAGGAUUAUACUGAUCCAGAGGAGCUGUCGGAGGAGGAACGCGGGGGACCCGAAGCCGGUGCUGAUGCGGGUGCCAAUGCUAGUGCUGCUUCAGGAGCGGAUGCUAGUGCUGCUUCCGGAGCGGGUGCUACUGCCGCUGCGGAUGGAGCUGCUUCCGAUUCAGAUGUUACAUUAGAUUAG